AUGGCCAGCCAAGCAUUUAUCGUCGCUGCCAAGCGAACACCCUUCGGAGCGUUCGGAGGCAAGCUCGCCGGCUUCACCGCAUCGCAGCUCGGAGGACUCGCUUCCAAAGCUGCGCUGGCCGAACUGCCGUCGUCGACCAAAGUAGAUGCGACCAUCUUCGGAAACGUGCAGGCCAGCGACAACACGGCCGCCUACCUCGCGCGUCAUGUCGGCCACCAUGCUGGCCUGCCCGUCACCGUGCCCGCAUUGACCGUGAACCGACUGUGUGGUUCGGGCUUCCAGAGCAUCAUCAACGCUGUGCACGAGAUCCGCGUUGGCGACUCGGAUGUGGUGCUGACCGGAGGCACCGAGUCCAUGUCGCAGGCUCCGUAUACGCUUUCGGGCGUCAGGUUCGGGAACACGCGGUAUGGCGUCGACUUGAAGCUGGUCGACUCGCUGGCUGCUGCGUUGACAGAUCAGGUGCCAACGCCGACGCCGAUGGGUAUUACUGCCGAGAACCUCGCUGCCAAGUACGGCAUCACCAGGCAGCAGUGUGACGAGUAUGCGUUGCAGACGCAGCAGCGCUACCAGAAGGCGCUGGCAGAGGGCGCGUUCAAGGACGAAAUCGUCCCCGUCGAGAUCAAGUCGAAAAAGUCCACCGAGACGUUCGAGGCCGACGAGCACCCGCGCGCCAAGACCACCGUCGAAAGCCUCGGCAAGCUUCCCAGCGUCUUCAAAAAGGAAGGCACCGUCUCUGCUGGCAACGCCAGCGGCAUUUGCGACGGUGCCGCCGCCAACGUCGUUGCCUCGGAAGACGCCGUCAAGAAGUUUGGCCUCAAGCCGCUCGCGCGCAUUGUCUCGUACGGCGUCACCGCAUGCGAGCCGAGCAUCAUGGGAAUCGGCCCCGUCGAAGCAUCCAAGCUCGCGCUCAGCCGUGCGGGUCUCAAGGUGUCCGACAUGGACCUGAUCGAGGUCAACGAGGCGUUUGCCGCCCAGUUCUUGUCGGUGCAGAAGGAGCUCGAGCUGCCCAACGAAAAGACGAACCUCUUUGGCGGUGCGAUUGCGCUCGGUCACCCGCUCGGCGCGAGUGGUGCCAGGAUCAUGGCCAACUUGGCUCACAACCUCAUCAGACUCGACAAGAAGUAUGCGCUUGGCGCGGCCUGUAUCGGCGGCGGCCAGGGUAUUGCGAUCGUCAUCGAGCGUGUGUGA